AUGGCACUUCAUCCUUUACUUCCCAAACAAAUGCAGCAGGAUCUCUUCAGUGGCAGGGUAAGGGAGAUUGGUAGGGAGAGAGAUGACUUGUAUUUCCUGCAGAGACAUGGAUCCAAGAAGCUCACUGCAAUCUCAUUGGUUGCAGCUGGAAUAAAGUCGCACAGGAGGAACUCUACUAUUGAUAUUAGUUUGUGGCACAAAAUAUUAGGACAUGUGUCUAGCAUAGUUCUUAAGAAGUUGUUUCCUGCCAAACUAGCAAAUAUUACUGACAUCAUAAAUAAAUGCACUUUUGUUGUUUUUGUUCAAACUCAAUUCAACAAAGUUCUAAAGGCAGUCAAGUCUGAUAAUGGAUCUGAGUUUGUCAAUUCUGUCUGUCAUGUCCUAUUUCAAAAAUAUAGUAUUAUUCACCAGAAGACUCGUGCAUAUACCCCUCAGCAAAAUGGAGUUGUUGAGAGAAAACACAAACAUAUUCUGGAGGAACCUAUAUUGGAGCAUCUGAGAGUUCUUGGUUGCUUAUGUUAUGUCAAGCAAGUUCAAGAGACAGAUAAGCUCCUUGGCCAAACCUACUAUUCUUAUGGGGAUGUCUCCUUCAGAGAGGAUAUUUUUCCCUUUAAGGAGUCUCAUUCAUCUCCACCUGUGUUCUUGUCCUCUGAUCGUUCUACUUAUGGUGCAGACUAUAUAUCUACUUCACAUGAGCCUCACAGUUCAGGACAUGCAUCUUCUCCUUCUACAUCUACUAAUCUAAGCACUACAGGUGAUGACUCAAGCCAGGAGGCACCAGAGCAGCUAUCUAGUACCACUGAAGGAGUGUCAACCUUACUGCCUUCUGCUGAUCAACACACUACUAGUCUGAGAAGAUCUUUGAGGACCAAGCAUACUCAUAUAUGGUUGAAGGAUUUUGUGAUAGGUCCCAGUUACAAAUAUGUUCCUUACUAUAUUGCUAACUACAUCUCCUAUGAUGGUGUGUCUCCCAAGUAUCAAUGUUAUCUAGCUGUAUUUUCUUCAAUAGUAGAACCUACUACAUUUGAAGAAGCAGUCAAGGAUCUCAGGUGGGUUGAUGCAAUGCAAUGCAAUACAAGCUGA